UAAUGAAAUAAAAUCUAUACAGUUGGCUAACCUGUGCCUCACAACUCAAAUAAGGUUAAGUCUUAUGUCCACAAUUCUGUAAUUUCUUUCCUUUUGCAAAAUAUUAAAACGCAGUGGUGUCUAUAUUUUCAGGUAGUAUUUAUAUUUUUUAAUAACGUGAAAAUUUCAACUUCAUUUGAAAUAUUUAUAUUAAUUAGACAAAAUGCCGUUGUACAACUUCAAAAAGAUCACGGUUGUACCGACUGCAAAGGUAAAUUUAUAAUUAUACAAUUAUGAAUAAAUGUCUAAUGAAAAACAAAGUUUUUAUUAACAAUAUUAUAAUCCUUAACUCUUGUAUGAUUUUAGGAUUUUGUUAAUAUAAUGUUAUCAAAAACUCAACGUAAGACUCCAACUGUUGUCCAUAAACAUUAUAAAAUAUCAAGAAUACGAUCUUUUUACAUGCGUAAAGUACGAUAUACUCAACAAAAUUUCAAUGAACGUUUGUCUAUGAUUAUUCAAGAAUUCCCAAAACUAGAUGUAUGGCAAUUAUUAUUAAUAAAAAAUUAAUUUAUUGAUUAAAUAAUAAUAAUUUAAAAUUUGUAUACAGAAUAUUCAUCCAUUUUAUGCAGAUUUAAUGAACAUUCUAUAUGACAAGGAUCAUUACAAACUUGCUCUUGGACAACUUAAUCAAGCUAGACAUCUGAUUGAUAAGUAAUAAUAUAUUGUACUAUAUAUUUAUAUGAAAUUAAAAAUAUCCCAUUUACUUUAGUGUUGGAAAGGAUUAUGUUCGUCUUAUGAAAUUUGGUGAUUCUUUAUAUCGUUGUAAAAUGCUAAAAAAAGCUGCACUUGGACGGUAAGUCAUUGUUACAAAAAAAAAUGUUUUAAUUAUUUUUCAUUUAUAUACCAUAUUAUUUAGAAUGGCUACAAUUAUGAAGCGUCAAGCUCCCAAUUUAGUUUACCUAGAACAAGUCCGUCAGCAUUUAUCACGUUUGCCUUCAAUUGAUCCAUAUACUAGAACAUUAAUUCUGUGUGGUUUCCCUAAUGUUGGAAAAUCCAGUUUUUUAAAUAAAGUAAAUAAUUGUAAGUAGUAAUGCUGAAUAUUUUAGUUAAUUUAUUUUCUUUUGUAGAUUACAAGAGCUGAUGUUGAAGUACAUUCAUAUGCAUUUACUACAAAAAGUUUAUAUGUAGGACACACAGAUUAUAAAUAUUUACGAUGGCAAGUGGUUGAUACUCCAGGAGUAUUAGAUCAUCCUUUAGAAGAGAGAAAUGUUAUUGAAAUGCAGGCUGUUACUGCUUUAGCCCAUUUAAGAGCUGCUAUUCUUUACUUUAUAGAUAUUUCUGAACAAUGUGGUCAUUCAAUUGCAGAACAAGUUAAGCUGUAUGAAUCUAUUAAACCAUUGUUUACAAAUAAAGUAAGUUAUAUAAAUUAAGUUUGUUGUACUUGAAGCUAAAAUUGUUAAGUUGGAAUAUAAUAAGUUUGAUUGAAUUAUUUAUUGUCAAUGACAUGUAUUAAAUUUACAUUUAAAAAUAUAUUUUUACCAAAUUUUUACAGUGUGACUAGGUAUUUUUACUCUUUCAUCUUUAUUAGAAAAUAAUCUUAACCUAUUCCAAAAAUGUAUUUUUUCAAUAUAUAUUACACAUUCAAUUAUACAAUUAAAUAAAACAUCUAAUUUUUUUUAAAAUAAUUAAGAUCUUAAAUGUUUAUUUCAACAGAUUAUUUUUGUAUUACUGUUUAUUAAAUUUUAAUAUUCAAUUUAAAGUUAUUGUAUUUUAUUAUUUUAUAUUUUAGCCACUUUUAGUAGUGUGUAAUAAAGUUGAUGUUACGCCUAUGGACCAGCUGAGUGAGGCUAGCCGUGAAGCUUUAAGUAUUUUUGAGAAAAACAAUGUCCCACUGUUGCCGAUGUCAGCUAUUACUGAUGAAGGAGUUAUGGAUGUAAAACAGCAGGUAUUAUUAAUAGAAAUAAUAUUUGAUUUUAAUUAAUUCUUAUAUCUAAAAAUAUUGUCCCUUUUUUACAUAUCUAUCUAAGAUAGUAAUACCAUGUUAAAUCGGGGAAAAUAUAUAUAUUUAUAUAUUUUUUUAAAUAAAUUAUUUUGAUAUUAUGCGUGUUGGGUUUACAUUUAGUUAUAAUAUGAUGUUGUAUACAUGUUUAUAGGAAAACAUUUUAUUGAAAUUGCCUCAUUCAAUUUUAUUAUUUUUCACUAUUUUUUAUUUUAAUAGAGUUUUUUAUGAUUUGAAACAAAAACAAAUAAAAAUUUUCUAGUUUAUUCACAUUUUUCAAGAUGAUUUAAAAAUCCAAUGCUUAGCAUUAUUUACUCAUCAAACAGUUUGAUAUCAAUUUAAUGUAAUAUAAUGUUUUAUCUAUGCAUAAUUUGCUCAUUGGUUCUUAAUAGCUUAUAUUUUAUUUGUAUUAUUAGGCCUGUGAUACUCUCUUAGCUUAUCGUAUUGAAAAUAAAAUCCAAGCUAAGAAAGUUGAUUCAAUUUUAAACCGUUUACAUGUUGCAUUACCUAAAACUCGAGAUGAAAAAGAAAGACCUUCUUGUAUACCUGGUAUGUUUUUUCCGUGAUAAACUAUUAAUAAACAUCAAAUUAGUAUUUUAAAUAUUUUAAUUUGUUUUUUAGAAAAAGUAUUACAAAAGCAAAGAUUGGCUGAACUUCAAGAGUUUAAAAAGAAACUUGAGAAAAAUUUGGAAGAUGAACUCGGAGAUGAUUAUAUUUUAGAUCUUAAGAAGAAUUAUGAUAUACCUGAAGAAUUUAGACAUGACAUUAUCCCUGAAUUCUGGAAUGGAAGAAACAUUGCAGAUUUUAUUCAUGCAGAAUUAUUACAGGUAAAAUAUCAUUUUAAAUAAUUUACUUUAAAUAUCUGUCUUUAUUAAAUUAGUAUAGUUCUAAAGAUGUUAAUUUUCCUUUAAUAUUUUAGAAAGUUGAAGAACUUGAAAAAGAAGAAGCUCUUAGAGAAGAAGCUGGAUACUAUGCUGUACCAAAGAUUGAAAUUGACGAAACUUUGAGAGAAAUUAAGGAAUUGGCACAAAAGAUCAGAGACAGAAAGAUAAUUAAUCGUAAUGAAAGUAGAAUGACUCGCCAAUCUAGUAAACCUACAACACCUAGAACUGCUCCGGCUAAAGCCCGUGGUCGUAGUGCUACAGAUUUUAGAAAUACUAUGGAAGAUCUAGGUGUUGAUAUGGAAGGCACUGAAAAAGUAAUAUAUUAAUAUUAUUAAAUAUGUUAUAGUAUAUGAAAUAAAACUAAUUUAUCGUUUCAGGCACAUUUCACAAAAACGCGUGGACGUGCUCGUUCAUUAACAAGAUCACAGUCACGAACAAACAAUAAGAAACCACGUAUGGCAUCUGAACAACGUUUAGUUUCAACAUCCAGAAGUCAAAGUAGAUUGCCCAGAAAUCAAUCUGGUGUUCGCGACUCUGCGGUAUGUUUUAUAUAUUAUUAUUAAAAUUAAAGUAAAUAAUUUUUACAAUGAAUAUGAGUAUUAAUAAUAUUAAUUUUUUUUUUAGAUGCAAAUGAAACUUAAAAAAGUUGCACAUAAAGCAAUCGCGAAGAAAGUCAAAAAGCAAGGUCUCAAAGGAGAAGCUGAUAGAUUUAUUGGAACCAAAAGACCAAGACACUUGUAUGCCGGUAAAAGAGGCAUUGGUAAAACAGACAGGCGUUAAUCUAUAUUCUUAUUUAUUUUUCAUUGUUUUAAGUAUUUUAAAUACACACAAAACAUUAAUUCAACCUACAUUUUUAUUUAAAAAAUAAAACUAUUGAGGAUGGAUAUUCUGUAUGUUGAAUUUUGAAAAAUAAACUGAGAAAUUAUUUUU